CCCCCGUCUCCGGGGGGGUGGGGGGUGGGGGGAGGGGGGAGGGGCCGCGGGCGCCGCCGACCGGGACUCAGCAGCCCCGCCAGGCAGCCGCCUGUGAUGCUGCUGUCCCCUGUCGCCCCGUGGCCCCACGAUGACCCACAGCCCCGCGUCAAGCGAGGACGAGGAACGCCACAGUGCCAGCGAGUGUCCCGAGGCGGGCUCAGAGUCCGACAGCUCCCCAGACGGGCCCAGCAGAGGCCCCCGGGGGACCCGGGGCCAGGGCAGCGGGGCACCUGGUAGUCUGGCCUCCACCCGAGGCCUCCAGGGCCGCUCCAUGUCUGUCCCGGACGACGCCCACUUCAGCAUGAUGGUCUUCAGGAUUGGCAUCCCGGACCUGCACCAGACAAAAUGUCUACGUUUCAACCCUGAUGCCACCAUCUGGACAGCCAAGCAACAGGUGCUCUGUGCCCUGAGCGAGAGCCUGCAGGAUGUGCUCAACUACGGUCUGUUCCAACCGGCCACCUCGGGCCGCGACGCCAACUUCCUGGAGGAGGAGCGGCUGCUUCGGGAGUACCCCCAGUCUUUUGAGAAGGGGGUGCCCUACCUGGAGUUCCGAUACAAGACCCGGGUUUACAAACAGACCAACCUGGAUGAGAAGCAGCUGGCCAAAUUGCACACGAAGACGGGGUUGAAGAAGUUCUUGGAGUACGUGCAGCUCGGGACGUCCGACAAGGUGGCGAGGCUGCUGGACAAGGGGCUGGACCCCAAUUACCACGACUCGGAUUCGGGAGAGACCCCCCUGACACUGGCUGCCCAGACUGAAGGCUCCGUAGAGGUGAUUCGAACCCUGUGCCUGGGAGGGGCCCACAUCGACUUCCGGGCCCGGGAUGGCAUGACAGCGCUGCACAAGGCUGCGUGUGCCCGUCACUGCCUGGCUCUCACGGCACUCCUGGACCUUGGGGGCUCCCCCAACUACAAGGACCGCCGAGGCCUGACCCCCCUGUUCCAUACUGCUAUGGUGGGGGGUGACCCCCGCUGCUGUGAGCUGCUCCUGUUCAACAGGGCCCAGCUGGGCAUAGCUGAUGAGAACGGCUGGCAGGAGAUUCACCAGGCCUGCCAGCGGGGCCACUCUCAGCACCUGGAACACCUCCUCUUCUACGGGGCUGAGCCAGGAGCCCAGAAUGCCUCGGGGAACACGGCCUUGCACAUCUGCGCCCUCUACAAUAAGGAGACCUGUGCUAGGAUCCUCCUCUAUCGAGGAGCUAACAAGGAUGUGAAGAAUAACAACGGACAGACCCCCUUCCAGGUGGCUGUGAUCGCUGGGAAUUUUGAACUGGGGGAGCUGAUCCGGAACCAUCGAGAACAGGACGUGGUGCCCUUCCAGGAGUCCCCCAAGUACGCAGCCCGGCGACGGGGACCCCCAGGCGCAGGGCUGACCGUGCCUCCGGCGCUGCUUCGGGCCAACAGUGAUACCAGCAUGGCCCUGCCUGACUGGAUGGUGUUUGCCGCCCCGGGGACCUCGUCCUCUGGGGCCCCCGGCCCUACCUCAGGGCCCCCGGGCCAGUCGCAGCCCUCGGCCCCCAGCACCAAGCUCAGCAGUGGGACCCUCCGAAGUGCCAGCAGCCCCCGGGGCGCCCGGGCCCGCUCCCCAUCCCGCGGGAGGCACCCUGAAGAGGCCAAGAGGCAGCCCCGUGGACGGCCCAGCUCCAGUGGGACGCCCAGGGAAGGGCCGGCAGGGGGCACGGGGGGCUCAGGGGGCCCUGGGGGCUCCCUGGGCAGCCGUGGGAGGCGCAGGAAGCUCUACUCAGCAGUACCCGGACGCUCCUUCAUGGCCGUGAAGUCCUACCAGGCCCAAGCCGAGGGGGAGAUCUCCCUGAGCAAGGGCGAGAAGAUCAAAGUGCUUAGCAUCGGGGAAGGAGGCUUCUGGGAAGGCCAGGUCAAAGGUCGCAUUGGCUGGUUCCCCUCUGACUGCCUGGAAGAGGUGGCAAACCGCUCCCAGGAGGGAAAGCAAGAAAGCCGCAGUGACAAGGCAAAGAGACUCUUCCGGCAUUAUACCGUGGGCUCCUACGACAGCUUUGAUGCCCCAAGAAGCUUGAUGGAUGGGAUUGGCCCAGGGAGCGAUUACAUCAUUAAGGAGAAGACAGUCUUGCUGCAGAAGAAGGACAGUGAGGGGUUUGGGUUCGUGCUCCGGGGGGCCAAGGCGCAGACCCCCAUCGAGGAGUUCACCCCCACCCCGGCCUUCCCGGCGCUGCAGUAUCUGGAGUCCGUGGACGAAGGUGGCGUGGCGUGGCGAGCUGGACUGCGGAUGGGAGACUUCCUCAUCGAGGUGAACGGGCAGAACGUGGUGAAGGUUGGCCACCGACAGGUGGUGAACAUGAUCCGCCAAGGGGGCAACACGCUCAUGGUCAAGGUGGUGAUGGUCACCAGGCACCCGGACAUGGAUGAGGCCGUCCAUAAGAAAGCGCCUCAGCAGGCUAAGCGACUCCCGCCCCCAGCCAUCUCUCUUCGUUCCAAGUCCAUGACCUCAGAGCUGGAGGAGAUGGAGUACGAGCAGCAGCCUCCGCCGGUGCCCAGCAUGGAGAAAAAGCGGACCGUGUAUCAGAUGGCUCUCAACAAACUGGAUGAAAUUUUGGCAGCAGCUCAGCAGACCAUCAGUGCAAGCGACAGUCCUGGACCUGCCGGCCUUGCGUCGCUGGGCAAACACAGGCCCAAAGGCUUCUUUGCCACCGAGUCGAGCUUCGAUCCGCACCACCGCUCCCAGCCAAGUUAUGAACGUCCUUCCUACCUGCCUCCAGGACCUGGGCUUAUGCUUCGGCAAAAAUCUAUCGGGGCUGCUGAAGAUGAUAGACCUUACCUAGCACCCCCCGCCAUGAAAUUCAGCCGCAGCCUGUCUGUGCCUGGCUCGGAGGACAUCCCUCCGCCGCCCACCACGUCCCCCCCGGAGCCGCCCUACAGCACACCUCCGGCCCCCUCCUCCUCUGGCCGCCUCACCCCAUCCCCCAGAGGAGGGCCCUUCAACCCCAGUUCGGGUGGCCCCCUCCCCUCCUCUUCCCCUGCAUCCUUCGACGGGCCCUCCCCUCCCGACACGCGUGUAGGGAGCCGUGAGAAGAGCCUGUACCACAGCGGGCCCCUGCCCCCUGCCCACCACCACCCGCCCCACCACCAUCACCACCACGCCCCGCCCCCCCAGCCUCACCACCACCACGCCCACCCCCCCCAUCCCCCGGAGAUGGAGACGGGCGGCUCUCCCGACGACCCCCCACCCCGGCUGGCUCUGGGGCCCCAGCCCAGCCUGCGCGGCUGGCGGGGCGGUGGGCCCAGCCCCACCCCGGGGGCCCCGUCCCCGUCGCACCACGGCGGCGGGGGCGGGGGCAUCGCGCCCAGCCCCGCCCCGGCCAUGUCGCCGGUGCCGCCGUCGCCCUCGCCGGUGCCCACCCCCACCUCGCCCAGCGGUCCGGCCACCCUCGACUUCACCAGCCAGUUCGGAGCGGCCCUGGUGGGCGCGGCUCGGAGGGAAGGCGGCUGGCAGAAUGAAGCGCGCCGGCGGUCCACGCUCUUCCUCUCCACCGACGCCGGGGACGAGGAGGCCGGGGACGGCGGGCUGGGCCCCGGGGCGCCCCCGGGCCCCCGGCUGCGCCACUCCAAAUCCAUCGAUGAAGGCAUGUUCUCCGCCGAGCCCUACCUCCGGCUGGAGUCCGCGGGCGCGGGGAGCGGCGGCGGCUACGGGGGCUACGGGGCCGGCGGCCGAGCCUACGGGGGCAGCGGGGGCAGCAGCGCCUUCACCAGCUUCCUGCCGCCGCGCCCCCUGGUCCACCCGCUGACCGGCAAGGCCCUGGACCCAGCCUCCCCGCUCGGGCUGGCCCUGGCCGCCCGAGAGCGGGCGCUGAAGGAGUCCUCGGAGGGCGGGGGGCCCCCUCAGCCCCCUCCGAGGCCCCCAUCGCCCCGCUACGAGGUCCCGCCACCCACCCCGCACCACCACUCGCCCCACGCCCACCACGAGCCAGUGCUGCGUCUCUGGGGGGCCUCGCCGCCGGACCCCGCCCACCGGGAGCUGGGGUACCGGGCGGGGCUGGGCAGCCAGGAGAAGUCCCUUCCGGCCAGCCCCCCAGCUGCCAGGCGCUCCUUGCUGCACCGCUUGCCCCCCACGGCUCCCGGGGUCGGGCCCCUCCUCCUGCAGCUGGGGCCGGAGCCCCCGGCCCCGCACCCCGGCGUGAGCAAGGCGUGGAGGUCCGGGGCCCCCGAGGAGCCGGAACGGCUGCCCCUCCACGUGCGGUUCCUCGAGAACUGCCAGCCCAGAGCCAGCGGCGCGGGCGGAAGGGGACCCCCCUCGGAGGACCGGCCGGGGGUUCCGCCUCCCAGCCCGCGCCGGUCCGUGCCCCCCUCGCCCACCUCCCCGCGGGGCGGCGAAGAGAACGGGCUCCCCCUGCUGGUCCUGCCGCCGCCCGCUCCCUCGGUGGACGUGGAAGACGGCGAAUUCCUGUUUGUGGAGCCGCUGCCCCCGCCUCUGGAGUUCUCCAACAGCUUCGAGAAGCCAGAGUCGCCCCUCACGCCCGGGCCCCCCCACCCGCUGCCGGACCCCCCGACCCCGACCACCCCGUUGCCCCCCGUGCCACCGCCCGCCGUGGCCGCGGCGCCCCCCACCCUGGACUCCACGGCGUCCAGCCUGACUUCCUAUGACAGUGAGGUGGCCACACUGACCCAGGGGGCCCCCGUGGCCCCCGGGGACCCCCCUCCACCAGGCCCACCGGCCCCGGCCGCCCCCCCACCCCCGGCCCCACAGCCCGGCCCCGACCCGCCGCCUGGCACCGACUCUGGCAUUGAGGAGGUGGACAGUCGGAGCAGCAGUGACCACCCGCUGGAAACCAUCAGCAGCGCAUCCACACUGAGCAGCCUUUCCGCCGAAGGUGGUGGCAGCGCCGGCGGUGGGGCCGGUGGGGCUGGUGUGGCCAGUGGGCCGGAGCUCCUGGACACGUAUGUGGCCUACCUGGACGGCCAGGCCUUUGGGGGGAGUGGUGCUCCGGGGCCGGCGUACCCCCCGCAGCUCAUGACUCCUUCUAAGCUGCGGGGCCGGGCUCUGGGGACCAGUGGAGGCCUGCGGCCCAGCCCUAGUGGGGGACUCCGCGACUCUGUCACUCCUACCAGCCCCACUGUCUCCGUGACCGGGGCUGGAACGGAUGGGCUGCUGGCCCUGAGCGGUUGCACAGGACCCUCCACGGCGGGUAUGGCCGGAGGUCCAGUGGCCGUAGAGCCAGAAGGCCCUCCGGUGCCCUUGCCAUCAGCCUCCUCUCUGCCUCGGAAGCUGCUGCCCUGGGAGGAGGGCCCGGGCCCACCGCCACCACCCCUGCCCGGGCCCUUGGCCCAGCCUCAGGCCUCAGCCUUGGCCACAGUAAAAGCCAGCAUCAUCAGUGAACUCAGCUCCAAGCUUCAGCAAUUUGGGGGCUCCUCGGCAGCCGGUGGCGCUCUGCCCUGGGCCCGGGGAGGCAGCGGGGGAAGCGGGGACAGCCACCACGGGGGAGCCAGCUAUGUCCCCGAGAGGACCUCUUCCCUGCAGCGGCAGAGACUCUCCGAAGACUCCCAGCCCUCGGUCCUCUCCAAACCGGUCAGCAGCCUGUUUCAGAACUGGCCCAAACCACCUCUGCCGCCGCUCCCCACGGGAACCGCGGUCUCCCCUUCGGCCGCUGCAGCUUCGGGGGCCACGUCACCCUCAGCCUCCUCCUCCACGUCCACCCGCCACCUCCAGGGCGUGGAGUUCGAGAUGCGGCCGCCUCUGCUCCGCCGGGCCCCCAGCCCCUCACUGCUGCCCGCCUCGGAGCACAAGGUCAGCCCUGCGCCCAGGCCCUCGUCCCUGCCCAUCCUGCCUUCUGGACCCUUGUACCCGGGCCUCUUUGACAUCCGCGGCUCCCCCACCGGAGGGGCAGGAGGCUCCGCUGAUCCCUUCGCCCCUGUCUUUGUGCCGCCACACCCUGGGAUUUCCGGGGGGCUUGGUGGAGCCUUGUCGGGGGCCUCCCGCUCCCUCUCACCGACCCGCCUGCUUUCGCUGCCCCCGGACAAGCCCUUCGGCGCUAAACCUCUGGGGUUCUGGACCAAGUUCGACGUGGCUGAUUGGCUGGAGUGGCUGGGCUUGGCUGAGCACCGAGCCCAGUUCCUGGACCACGAGAUCGAUGGCUCCCAUCUGCCCGCCUUGACCAAGGAGGACUAUGUGGAUCUGGGUGUGACCAGGGUGGGCCACCGCAUGAACAUCGAGCGGGCGCUCAAGUUUUUCCUGGAGAGGUGAUGGCUGGCCUGGACGGACCAGCCCGUCCACAGAACCCUUGAGCCUACUGGCCUCUUGACCUCUGACCCCUGACCAUCAUUCUCUCCCCCUGGGCCAGGGACUCUGCUAGAACUGCGCCCUGCCCUGUCCCCCAAGGCUGGAGGUCACCAGGUGGCCAGAUCCCCGGCCAGACAUUUGCACCUCACAGGAGGGGGCAGCUGACGCAAGACUGUGUGAAGCAGGGAGCAGGGGCAGGGCGUGAUGGAGGAAAUCACAGAGGGGGAUGGAGAAGGAGGGAAGGGUCGGUUCUGGGGAGGGGGAACAGACAGAGCCAUAGAGGGUCAGCCCUGAGCCUGAUGGGAUGGGGUUUGUCCCCGGCCGCAGGGGAAGGGGGUGCCCUCAGAUUCCACCACCUGCCGCUCCUCUAACAACCCUUCCCCCCCUCUCCAGGCCCCUGGGCUCUCCCCUCCCUCUCCUCUCCCCAGCACACACAGCAGCCCCCUCCCACCGGCCUCCUGCACGCCCCUUUGCACGCCUGCUUGCCUCUCUCCUCUCCCCGGGCUACAAUUUUGCACAAAUUUGCCCUCUCGCUGUCUUGCACACUCCGCCUUCGCUUCUGGCUCGCGAGGCCCUCUCCGCACUCAACAACAACCCCCUGCAUUCUCCCGUGCCCGUGCCCAUGUUGCAUUUCUUCUCCUACAUUCCAUACCCUUACUCUGUCAGACUCUUGCCCUUGGUACCCUCCCGUGCACACCUCACUUCUGAAAAUCUCUAAACCCUUGCUGCAGACACACUUGGGACACCCCUUCCCCCAACCCCUCCCACUCUGUGCACGCACACUUCUUCUCUGGAACACACCUGCCUUCGUUCAGUUCUUGCACACUUGCUCUCCCAUUCACCUUUCCUGACACGCUGCCAUCCAUUUUCUUUAAGCAUUAGCCCCUUCUUGAACCCCCACAUUUCUGCUCCACCCACCUGUCCCUGUCUCCGUGACACUCCCCCGAGCCUCCCUGGCCCCCCUUCUCACACGGUCGCUUCUGUUGCACACCUGUCGCCCCUCCUCCCCCAGGAACUGCUUCUCUCUCAAAUGCUCAUUGCCUUCCUCUUCGCCAGGCUCCGGCUCCCCUGCCUCCUUUCCCAGAUCUCUGUCCUGCCUCGUUCUCUUCUGUGCACCUUCUCGCACCCUCACUCCCGCACACACGGCCUCCCCAGCCCUCCCAUUGCUCUCGCGAAGCCAGGCCCUUCCUCUAACAAUGUUCCUGCACGUGGCUGUGCUGCACCCCCAUUCCUGAAUGUCUCCUUGUCCUCGCCGGCUCCCCAGUGACUUUUUCCAUCCCCCUAGGGGAACCCUACUGCCUCUCUCCUUUCGCACACGUAUCUCUGUCCACACACUCGGGCUGCACUGUCUUUCCCCAGCGUCCUAACUUUGGGUUCCUGUCGAGGACCAGCUCUUGCAGACUUCUUACCCUGCCUGCUUUCUUCCCUCUGGACACUCCUUUCUCCUUCUGGCCAGAGAAGACCCCCUGUUGCUCACCAUGGGUUCCAUUCUUCCUCUUCUCCCUGCUCUGGUCUGACUUCUUGCACAUCCUCUCUCGUCUCGCUCUUCCUAGUUCCUCCUGGGCCAUCUCCAUCCGUUUUGCACGAAGAUCCCCCUCCCCUCCUACCUUUCCUCCUCUCCCAGAAACUUCUCCCUCCAGCAUGGCUCUUCCUUCCUGCACGCUCCCCGCCCACUCCCUUUAUUCCUGGGGCUUGGGAACUUUAAGCCACCCCUUCCCCUGGGAAGCCCCCUCUCCUACUGUGGGUAAAGGGGGGAGGGCAUUGCCCUCAGGUCCCCCCCAUGUUCAGCUGCCAAAGAAGGGCGCUCCCCCUCCUUUCCCCAAGCCCAUUCCCCCUCUGCUGCCCCCUACCCCCCAGGGGGGGGCGCUCCGUCCACGGGGGGGAGGGUGCUUGCAGCCCUCUCCCCUCACCACGUCAGGGAUCUGCGGGAACCUUGUGGGAGGGUUGUGGGAGGGGGGAGGGAUGGCAAGGAGGGGGGCCGAGGUCGCGCUGGGCCCCUACCCGCCCCCUCCCCCUUGUCGGAUGCCCCCCAUCCGCAGGGGGCCUGCGCGGCGCCCGUCUAUCAAGGGCUUGUUCAUUCUGGAUGGGUGCCGCGGGGUUGGGGAGGG